AUGGAUACAAUUGGACUUCACAGGGGAAAUGUUGAUUACUUGGAUUCUCUAGCCCACGUUCUUGUAUUUAAAGGAAUAACACAGGUUGUCAAUCCCUGCAUCACGUACAGAGUUGAGGUUGUGAAAUCGUUCACGGAGAAGGUGAAGAUGAGAAACAGUGCAGUAUUAGUUGCAGUGGGUAUGAUCUGUUUGGCGAUGAGCGUAGCUUCUCUAGUGGAAGCACGGCUUUACCAGUCAUCACCCUCGUCUUCUUCAUCAUCUCCAUCAAGCGGGGGAAAUUCAUCAAGCUGUCCGCUAAAUGCAGUGAAAUUGGGAGCGUGUGUGGACGUGCUAGGAGGGCUGGUAAACGCUACCAUUGGAGAUCCCGCUGUGAACAAAUGCUGCCCUGUUAUACAAGGCGUUUUGGAAAUUGAGGCAGCACUUUGUCUGUGUACAACAAUUAGGGCAAAGGUUCUGAACCUGAACAUCAUCCUUCCCAUCGCUCUUGAGCUCUUUGUUCAAUGCGGCCUAACCCCUCCUCCUGGAUUCAAAUGCCCACCCCUUAAUUAAAUAGGGUAGAGUUAAAUAAGGCAACUCUUGAACGUGAUGCCAGUUCUCCU